AUGGUGGACCUCUUCCUAAACCGAGUUCUGGUAGAGAACAACUGGGACCAGGAUGAACUCAACACGGAGCGAGAGAUCAUCGGGAUCCUGGAAAACCGCAUCCUGAUGCUGUUCUUUGCAUCUGGCGAGUGCGACAAAUGCCAGGAGUUCCUGCCUGUUCUGAAUGACUUUUUCAAGAGACUAAAAGAUCCAGCGUACAUCGAAUACCCUAAACUGCUCACACUUGUCUACAUCAGCUUGGACAAAUCGGAGGUGCAGCAGGAGAGAUUCCUCAAAGAGCUGCACAAAAAGGUUCUGUUCUUGGCCUUUGAGGAUCCAUACAGGAAAGAGCUACAGGCCAUGUUUAAGGUGAAGGACGUACCAACAGUUGUGGUCCUUCGUCCUGACGGCUCCGUCCUGUCUCCAAAUGCUGUGCAGGACAUCUGUAGUUUCGGCUGCGACUGUUUCCGAGACUGGCAGGAAGCGGCGGAGCUCGUUGAGAGGAGCUUCAUGCUCAAUGAGGAUUUCGACAACCUAAAUAUGCGCAGUGCCACUGACCCUUUGAGGAGACUCAAGUACAAGACAGAGGACGACAAGAGGAAAAAUAAAUGGUGGACGUUAUGGGGGAAGGGCAAAGAUGGAAAUGAAGCGGAGGAAGAGAAAGACGGAGUGUCGGAUAGAAAUAGAAAGGAUGGAGACAAAGGAACAUGGUGGAGAAGAUGA